UCACAAUGUCGUGGCUGCUGUCGAUUUGGGAUUGGAUAUUUGGGGGUGACGACAACGCAACAACAACAACAACGCGCAACACAGACAAGAAGGAAGAGCAAGAGAGCACGGGAGUUGCGAAGAUGAGUGGCAGCGUUGAGGACAUCAAGAGCGCAGAUGAACUGCUCAAGCUCGCCAACGAAGCCAAGGGGUCUCUGGUUGUGAUCCACUUCUGGGCAGACUGGGCGCCGCAAUGCAAGCAAGUGGACGACGUUGUCGCCGAGCUGGCCAAGCGCACCCCCAACGCCAGGUUCGGACGCGUCGAGGCAGAGGCCGUCGUUGAGCUUUCGGAGAAGUUCACCGUCACCGCAGUGCCCACCAUCAUCCUGCUCAAGGGUGGCAACGUUGUGGACCGUGUUGACGGCGCUAAUGUCCCCGAACUUGCCAGCAAAGUCGAGAAGCAUGCAACGGCCCCAGCAGCGCCCGCAGCGUCGGGGCAGCAGUCAUCGGUGUGUGACUUGGAUGCCAAGCUGCGCAAGCUCAUUCACGCGGCCCCGGUCAUGCUCUUCAUGAAGGGCACGCCAGACGAGCCCCGCUGUGGAUUCUCGCGCACCAUGGUUGAGCUGCUCAAGUCGCAGGAUGCAGAGUACAGCUCCUUCAACAUCCUCGCCGACCCAGAGGUUCGCCAGGGCCUGAAGACGUUUUCAAACUGGCCCACAUAUCCGCAGCUGUACAUUGACGGCGAGCUCGUGGGCGGUCUUGACAUUAUCAAGUGGCCUCACAACCACCACCCUUGCCCCCAUCAUCACCAAUCUCCACCGUCACGUCGCCCGUGUGCGUGUGCGUGCAGGCUGAAGAAGCUGACGCACCAGUCGCCCGUGAUGCUGUUUAUGAAGGGCACACCUGACGCCCCGCGCUGCGGUUUCAGCAGGACCAUGGCGCAGCUGCUCAGGGACCAGGACAUUGCCUUUGACUACUACGACAUUCUUGGCGACGAGGAGGUUCGCCAGGGCCUGAAGACGUUCUCAAACUGGCCCACAUAUCCGCAGCUGUACUCCAAGGGGAACCUCAUUGGCGGUCUCGACAUUGUCAAGGAGCUGAUUGAGAUGGAUUCGCUCAAGGAUGAACUGAACCAGUAG